GGUGGGCUAUUUAACUGCACACUGCUGCUCCAUUUGAUACUACCAACUCAGGACAAAUGCAGCCUAACGGGAUACAUUUGGACGCAGGUGCCCUCCUAGCUGCGAUACUGGAAGGAAUUCUCUACGGGUUUUCUUUGCUAAUGUUCUUUGGCAUAACUUGGGAACUGACGCGCAGAAGCAACAGCUACGCACGCAACAAACCCAUGAUCAUAGUUGCCUGCCUGUUACUUGUUAUCAAUACAGCUCACAUAAUACUAGGCAUAGUGCGGCUUGAGGAAGGGCUGGUGUCACACCAAAAAGCCAAAGGCGGUCCACUAGCUUACUUUGAAGACACCGAAUCACAGAUAUCCAUUGUUCGGGAUUCCUUAUACUUGAUUCAGAAUUUACUGGGAAUUGGCGUUGUAAUCCGAAGCUGCUACGUAGUUUGGCAGUCGCUGCUUAUUAUUGCAUUCCCCGUGGUCACUUGGUGUGGUGUGCUAGCUGCUGGGUCAGGCUACGCAAGGGCUUCCAUCACGUCAACUUCGUCAGGCUCCACAGGUUUUUUCUCCACAAGAACCGGUAGCUGGAUGACCGCAUAUUAUGUGUGUACGCUGGUAUCGAGCUUUUCUAGUACGGCGUUACUGGCUUACCGCUUAUGGGCCAUCGAUCACCAUAUUGCUACUCGGAAGACCUUUCUGCUGGCGCUCUUGCGCAUCAUCACGGAUACAGGCCUUCUGUACUCUAUCACACUUUUAGUCGUCUUCCUCUGCUUUAUCACGCAAAAUCGAGGGCAAUAUGUACUGCUGGAUAUGGUUAUGCCAAUCAUAUCCAUUACCUCCUAUAUGAUCAUGGUCCGUACUGCUAUGACAAAGCCAAUGCCUCAGGGAGAUGAAGUUCGAACCAAGAAUCGCAUAAUUAGAACUUUCAACCCAAACCGCACGAUCUUAUCGAAUAAUCCCCAGGAAAAUUCAAUAAAAGCUUUGCAGGUCAACGUCACUCAAGAUCAAUAUACAGAAAUCGACAAAGACCAUCGACUUGAACCCUCUGUCGAUUCCACAUCUUCAAAUGGACCUCAUGAUGUCUGACGUUCUCUAAAUCUGAUCUGUUAUGCUUUGUGAAGGGUCUUGCUCAGGGUGUCUUUUGAAUCAUAUAUCUUGUAUCUGAUAGUUAAUGCAUGUAUAUUAUCUCAACAACAGGAGCUAUAGUCAUAACAGUGCACGUACAAUAUCUAGUCAACUUCUAAUAUAUUUCUAGAGACACGCAGCU